AUGCCAGGCUGUAGUGGAAAUGCUACGGCAUGCCCAGAAGAUGGAGAGGUUGAGGUGGGAAGUUUGCAGUCGUUAUGGCUGCUUCUCUGCACGUUCCUGGUUGUGUCUAUGCAGCUGGGCUUUGCCAUGUUGGAAGUUGGAGGAGUCCGCGAGGCACAUCGAAUGACUGUUCUGGCCAAGAACGUUAUGGAUUCUGUAGUCACGUGUCUGGCAUUUGCAUUGGCGACGAGAUUCUGGAACCUGACCCUUGUGCAAGAUGCCCAUGGGGCAGAGUCGUAUGAGAGUUUGCUCUCCAACUGGGCUUUUUGUGCCACAUGUGCCACGAUUUGCUCGGGAGCUAUGGCAGAGCGAGCGCACAUGCUGGCAUAUUUAGCGUACGCAGCUGUCAUGGGCUGCGUGGUUUAUCCGCCUUUAGCCGAAGGUGUUUGGGGUCGUGGUGUUUUUUUUAUGUACGACCAAUUGCAUGGACGUUUCAGGGAGGGCAUCAGCUAUCAUGAUUGUGCAGGAAGUGGUGUCGUCCAUCUGACCGGAGGCUGCGCCGCCUUGGCCGGUUGCCUGCUGCUGGGCCGGCGGAUCAUGUGCCGUGAGCUGGAGCAGGAUGACGAAGGCCGCAACUGGAUGGAUGCCGAAGCUGGAAAGGCUGAGGAGUUGGGGCUAGGCGAUGAGGAUUGGCAGCGAAGAUUUGAUGAUGAGGCUCGGGACAAGCUGGAAUUCCAGACGUGCAGCUACUUGCAGGUUAUGGGCAUGUUUACAUUGUGGGUUGGCUGGUACGGAUUCAACGCUGGGUCUGUGCUAUCAGCUGAUCCAUCCGGGAGAUUGGCGGGCCUAGUGUCUUGGAAUACGACAGCCGCUGGAUCUGCAGCUGGUCUCGGAGCUUGUCUCUACCUUUAUGGCUUUCAUUUGAAUUUGGACGUAGGCUUUUUGUGCAAUGGAGUGUUGAGCGGUCUCGUGGCGUGUACAGCCUUGUGUGACGUGGCAACCCCAACAUCAUCCAUUGUCAUCGGCUUGCUGAGUGGCUUAGUGGUGUAUCCUGCUUGCUCAAGACUCAUGCAGUGGGCACGUAUAGACGACCCGGUGGAUGCUGUCGCGGUGCAUGCAGGGUCUGGCUUCUUCGGGGUGGUGGCUACGGCCUUUUGCACACCUCCCUGUGAAAAGCUGAAAAUGGCCGGCACACUCCGUGGAGCCGAGGCUGAGUUUUGCUCAGAUGAACAUACACUUCUCGGACAGCUAGAGAUGCAGCUUUGGGGCGCAUUGUUGAUAGUCUGCUGGGCAUUCCUGAUAUCCAUGUUCUUCUUUCUCUUUUGUGCCGUGUGCGAGCGGGUGAAGAGCUUGGAGCUGAAACAUGUCAGGGAGAUCCAGGACAUAUUGGCUCAGACGGAUCUCAACGGAUCGCUGAGCGAGGCCGCUGAUUCAUUGCUGGGAAUUCGCUUAGCCAGCGUGGGGGAACGCUCUUCUCUGGUGCGCCAGCUACUUGAGCAACGUGCACAAGGAAGUCUCAAGGAGAUGAAGGACUUUCAGGCUGCGCUGGAAGAGUUGCGCUGCGGCUGGCGGCAGAGUGCAUUGGAACCGAAGACUAGCUGCUUCGUGGAGGCAAUGGUGCACUUGGUCUAUGCUUGCUGGCCCUUGCGCAAAAUUGCUACGUUGCGGCUUCGAAUUCAUCCGUCAGCAGAACUUUCGGGCCUUGGUGCUUUGAAGGCUGAGGGAGGCAAGGUCUACGAGGCCCUGCACCGCGCCGCGCAUCAGAUCGCGGAGCUGAGGGCGGAGCACCGGUCAGUCCAUUCUCCAUUGAAGAGAAAUGUGAAAGAGCUCUCUUUGAUCGUGAAGAGUCAAGAUAUUCUGCUCCGUGCUUUGACACGAAAACGAUCACCCAGGCGCGGCACUGGUACUCUUCAGUCCGUGGCUGAAGAAGAUGAGAGGGAAAAGCACACACCUACGAAGCAACUUGGACGACUGGCGCCGUAUGCCGGGCGCGCCUCAGCUGCCGCUGAAGUUGAACGGCCGACCCAGCCUACCCUGCAUUCGGCAUUUCCAGCUUCAAGUUCUGAGCCGUAUACGAUUCACCGUGUCCUAAGCGACAGCACCUUGUCGGAUGACACCCUGAGUCCUCCCAUGUCGAACAGCACAACACCCCGUCCCAGCAUUUUGGGACGCGAACUUCACAGGAACAGCAGCAGAGAAGUCAACGAAGUCGCUGACCAGCUCUCUAUCUUGCUUCAAACACAGCAACAGCUCAUGAGUGCUCUGGUCCAAGGUGCUGCACCCAUCGGCAACCCUCAGUUUGCAGAGCCGCCAGCGCCGCAAUGUGAGCCACCGUUGAUGUCACAGAGGCAUGUGCUGGCUGCAGCACUGGAAGUUCUUGCAGCGCGGGGCUAUUCAGGAAACCCCAGUGCAGAUGCGACUCCACGGACGCUGGACAUGAUGAGCAGAGGACCAAGCAGUCUCAGCUUGGGCUCUGCAGGAAGUGCAGCGACGCAGCGAGACCGCUGA